AAGCGACUUCAACAACAGUUCAAAGUUCAAAAAUCUGCUUCCGGUAGCAUCGGGGUCAGACAGAGGGGAUUGCACGUUACAGGAUUUGACUAUGCUUAUACGAAGGGUCUUACAGUGUGGGGUGUCGGUGUUAAAGGGCAGGAGAUCCAUCCAUCAUAGUCCACCAUGGAGGAGCCCCCUCAUACCGAUGGUAGUGGAACAGACUGGAAGAGGAGAGCGAGCAUACGACAUUUACUCCCGUCUCCUUAGGGAGAGAAUAAUCUGUGUAAUGGGUCCGAUUGACGAUUCCGUGGCAAGUCUGGUAAUUGCUCAGCUCCUUUUUCUGCAGUCAGAGAGCAACAACAAACCUAUCCACAUGUACAUCAACAGCCCCGGUGGUGUGGUGACUUCAGGCUUGGCCAUCUAUGACACCAUGCAGUACAUCCUCAACCCCAUCUCGACCUGGUGUGUGGGCCAGGCGGCCAGCAUGGGCAGCCUUCUUUUGGCUGCAGGCACCGCUGGCAUGAGGCACUCCCUGCCCAAUGCUCGUAUUAUGGUGCAUCAGCCUUCUGGAGGUGCCAGGGGUCAGGCCACAGACAUCGCCAUUCAGGCUGAAGAGAUCCUCAAGCUGAAGAAACAGAUCAACAUUAUCUAUGCCAAACACACUGGCCAAGAUUUGAAAUUAAUAGAGGGUGUUAUGGAGAGAGACCGCUACAUGAGCCCGAUGGAAGCCCAGGACUUUGGUAUCAUAGACCGGGUUCUGGUACACCCCCCCCAGGCAGGGCAGGAUGAGCCUGAACUGGUUCAGAAGGAGCUCUCCACUGCUGCCAGUCCUUCCCCUGCAACUGAACCCCCCACUCCUGAGCAGGCACCUUCUGGGACCAACCCCCCCUCCUCCUACAAACCUGAACCCUGAACUGAGACAACUCCAGUCAGACAGGAGUCGCUGGGUGCAUGUUGAUAGUCAAAACUGGCUUCUUCUUGUCCAUAGGAGAAAGUGUCUGCAUUAACUUCAAACUUUAAGAACAAGUGAAGACACAGUUUGGGGUGACAUUAUGUAGGCAUGAAGCAACAAAUGUUGGGAAAUUUAAAAUAGCAGAGAUGCAGAUUGCUUUGCAAAGUCUUGCCCUACUUAACAUAACCCUGAUAGAUGCACAAUGAGGAAGCUACUAGAUUAUCGAGAUGCACCAUUUGUGUUCUGUUCUAUAUAUCUGUCCUGGAAAGGCCUUGUAAUGGGAGGCAGCAACAGCAACAUUUGAAUAUCAACAUUUUUAAGAAUUUGAUAUUUUGAUGUGAACUGGUCAUCUGUAUUAAGAGAUAUAUAUACUAGACUUUUACACUAGACUAUAAAAUAACUAUAUACAAUACAUAAAAUAUCACAGUCAUCAGUUGUGUGUACCAUUUCAAAUUGGAAUAAAUCUGUUUUUGAGGCCCAA